AUGUCCCUCCCCCUCCGAAUCGGCGUCCUCCUAGCAGGAACCAUCCAACUCCUCGACCUAGCCUCAAUCGACCUCCUCUACAUGUCAACCCCCACCUAUCUCGCCUCCCUCGCCCUCCCUCAAACUUUAGUCUCCAUGGGCCGUCCCUGUGAAAUUCACUACAUCUCCACAGCCAACCCCUCCAACAGAACAACCACAACCGCCGAGCUCUCCCUCGCCCUAACGGACUCACCAUCCGACCCAGCCGUGUCACCGGGAAACCUCGACAUCGUAAUCGUUCCCGGUCCAUCGCCCGUGUCGCCACCGCCGACGGAGGCAGAUCUCGAUUUCGUGCGCAGGCAUAAUGCGGCUAAUACUUCGAUCUUGAGUCUGUGUACUGGAGCUUAUAUUAUUGGAUACUCGGGAAUUGCGAAUGGGAGACAGAUAACCGGGCCGAAGACGUUGAUUCCGGAGUUGAAGCAGAGGUUUCCCGGGGCGAGGUGGGAUGAUGGGGUUAGGGUUCUUAGGGAUGGGAAUUUGUGGAGUAGUGGUGGAAUAGCAAACGGUCAUGAUCUCGUCCUUUGGUUCCUGCGUGAACAUUAUCCUGCUGAGCUGGUUGAUACUAUCCGCCUUGCUGUGGAUAUGGCCGAGCGGCCGGUGGAAUAUGAGCCUUCAUUGAGUGCGAAUGGAACAGAAGUGGUUUAA